AGCGCCGAGAGCGAGCCGCCGCGUCCCGCGGCGGGCCAGCCUCCUCCUGCAGUUGGGGGCGGCUCCCUGGCCGGCCAGAAAAGCGCCCGCGCGGAGGCGGCAGCGGCCAGCCAGCCAGAGAGAGGCUCCUCCGGCCAAGCGCGCCCCGCGGUGCCAGCCGGGGCCUCGCCAUGGAGCCGCCGGCGGCGGCGGCGGCGCUGCUGCAGGAGUUCCAGGGCCUGGUGGAGCGCGUCGGGGGCCGGCAGCAGCUGCUGAUGGUGGGCGAGGCGCCGCGGGCCCUGCUGGAGACCUUCGCCCGGGACCUCUUCGCCGAGCCCGCCGCCGCGGGGAGCAGCAGUAACAGCUGCCAGGGCGCCCCGCCGCAGGGGAAGGCGGCGGCGGCGGCGGCGGAGAGCCAGGUGGAGAGGCGGCGGGUGCGGGUGCGCCUGGGCGGCUUGCCGGGCUGGGGGUGCCGCCGCCGCCGCCGGCUCUCCUGCCAGCUGCUUUUCAUCCUCUUCCAGGCGAGCUCGCUGCGGCAGCCGCGCUGGCGGCGGGAGCGGCUCCGCUUGCGCGAGAUCCUGCGCGACGUGCGCAGCCAGCUGCCCUCCCGCCGCCGCUGCGUGGCUGCUGCCGCCGGGGCACCCGCUGCCUUUGUCGGCGUGGUGGUGGAGGCGGCGGCGGCGGCGGCGGCGGCGGAACCCGAGCGCGUAGCCUGCUGCAAGGGCGCCUCCUCGCCGCCGGCGCGCGAAGAAGAAGAAGCGGCCCGCCUGCAGCUGGAGGCGCUGCUCCGCCAGGUCUUCCCCGAGCGGCGCCGACAGGACCGGCGGCGGCGGCCCGGGCUCCAGGACACGCUACAAACGGCCGUCUACGCCCCAGGAACGCCGCAAGGAGUCGCCGAGGUCAGGGCGGCCGCCUGCCGAGCGCUGAAAGCCGCCCUGAAGCUGCGAGCAGAUGGGGUGGAAGCCAAGAGGCUGUGUCUCCCUGCCUUCCUGCAGUGUCUCCCCUGGGGCAGAAGGAGCCAGAGAAGGAAAGGACAUGAGGGCAAAACGGCCAGUGACUUGGGUGAAGAUGGCCUACAAGACCCAGAAGAAGGCAUUCCUUUGACCAACAUGGCACCCAAUGGGAAUUGUGAAGAAGGCUGUGGAGGGUCGGGCCCUUAGGACUCCCGGCAGAACCCCCUCUGUUGGGCUGAUAGAUUCUUCCUCUCCAUUUCCUCUUGUAGGAAGAAGUUCAAGAGCAGGGCUUUCCCCAGGCCCUCCUUUGGAGAUGGCACCUCGGAGCCUGCCCUUGGCUCUUUAAAGGAACUUCCGGCCUUCUUUUGAUCCAAAGACCCUUACCUAUCAAGGGGGCAGCUGUGUGACUGGUCUGAAGAGACCUUCCCUUGGCUUUGCUUUAAUGAAGAGCCAUAGAAGCAGCUCAUCCAAUAAAGAUGGGGCAACUUCUCAUCAGUGAGGACUUCAGCUGAUGUAUGUUGGUGCUUGAGGUUCAUUUUGAAGUUGCAUAUCAUUUUUCAUGGGCAAUCGUGGGCAUUGCUGGUAAGAGCAACAUGCUCGCCAAGUUUGACUUAAUUUUUUUGGGGGGGGUAAUUCUGGUAUAGCUGUCUUCAAAUGUGAAUUGUGGGGGAAAAUAUCUAUGGGUUAGAAUGUUUCAGAGGAAAUGGUGGCAGGGGGUGUCUUGUAAAUGCUUUUAAAAGUUUGUCUCUCCAUGUUCCACUUUGAAUGGAAUUUGCUGUCAUAUUUUCAAAUAUUAGCUCUCCAGUCCCUAUGGACUAUAAGUUUGCUUUAUUUUUUUAAAGAAAGACGAAAUUGAGAUGCUGCUGAGACUAUCUUACAGGGCCACAUGUAGCAGGCUGUGUGGCUUGGCUGUUAUCUACAGAUGUUUUUAGAAUCCAGAAAUUAUUUGCAUCUUCUGUUGACACCAUUCAAACCUGAAAUCAAUCUUCUUAAAAGAGUGACUCCCAACCAUGGGUCCCCAGAUGUUGUUGGACUACUCCAAAUAUUUAUAUACUGCUUUUCAACAAGUUCUUAAAGUGGUUUGCAUUGAUAAAUAAUAAAGACGGUCUAAAAGGAAACAUAAGCUGGACACCAGCAACAACC